UCUUUGGUGGUGCGGAUAGCGAGGACCGUUUUGUUAGUAUGUACCGUGACGAAUUUGGCUCGGCUAGCUCCCCACAUCGCGGAUCAGAGUUGAAGAGGAUGGCGCCAUGGAUGCCAGCCAAGGAACGGAAAGCUUUUCUUAUUAAGGCUAGUUUUUCACUAUCCCCUUCCCCUGACCCUAUGGACUAUGCGUAUCAUGCUGCGUGGAUUUUUCACUAUCCCCUUCCCCUAACCCUAUGGAGGAUGCGUAUGCUGCGUGGAUUUUUCACUAUCCCCUUCCUCUUCCCCUGACCCUAUGGCCUAUGCGUAUGCUGCGUCGUGGAGUUCCUCUUCAAGGGGAAAACCAAGGCGAACAAAAAGGGCAACUCGCUCAGUCCACCAGGGAUACAUAGUGAAGCUCUAGAAGCGCUAAUCUUAGAGAGCAAGACGGCGUCGAUUUGCAUAAAGCCUUGUACGGAACCGCUGGACGGGACGGAGAAAGUGAUGGACCCUACAGGCGGUCACAAUCGUUGCCCUACAGUACGAGAGAGCUUCGCAGGCAUUAUGGAGCAUCUGGCUUCUUGGGCAAGGUGAGGGAAGAAGAACUGGAACGCGACACUAUAGAUAAGGGCACGGCCCAGAGCUAUGACGUUUCUGCGGUAGAUAUUAAGGCCUGAUAGAUGAUAGUACAAUUCAUUUCCCUGAUACAUAUUACAAUUCAUGAUUUAUUCCACCUGAUACAUAUUACAAUUCAUUUCCAGGUCCAGCUGUCAUUUUAAUAUUCUUCUGUUUCCUUCUUGGGACGAAGAUUCUGAAGAAAUUAGGAAGGGAUGAAAAUAAAGUGAAUUGCUUGAGCUCUAGAACUUCUAAGGAGAAUCUCACUCGUAAAGAUCUGACAGAGACAGCUUCUGCGGCAGUGGCUACCAGUCUCCGCCAGAAGCACAUGGGCGGCGCAACUCGACUCGGCUUGAUCACGAGUAGGCAUCGUGUCGGAGAGCAGGCAAGGAGUGACGACAUUAUGG